CUCCACCGUUCGAGCGUCGUUUCAGUUACCAACAGACCGCGCGAUCGUUCGCAUCGCCGACGUGAAGUAAGAGGGGGAGCGCGAGAGAGAACGAGUGAAAGAAAGAGUGAGAGAGAGAAAGAGAGAGAGGAGUGCGCGAGUGUGCAUACGCGCAAAAGGAAGCGAAAGAGAAGGAUCAAAAUAAUACGAGAGAAAAGCGCAUCGGGGGAGGAGAAGAGAGGGAGAGAGAGAGAGAGAGAACAGAGGCUAUGUUACGAGUCGUCUUGGUCGUCGCAGUCAUCGUCGUCGUGCCGCUCGGUCUUGCCUGAACAAAGGAAGGUUCUUCUCCCUCGGCUCUCCGCGUCGAGGGUCGUUUCCGAUCGACGAACCGUCGGGAUCCUAUCUCGGGUGUUUUCGGCGCGGCUCGUAUGCGUCGGGCGCGCACGAAGCGGUCAGUCACGUAGCAGCGGCCGAGACGUGAGGAACAAAGGACGGCGGCAGGAUCUGCGCGCGCGUGAAAGAGGGAGAGAACAGUGCGGGGUAACAAAACCGAGCGUUGUAUUGUACAUAUACGGCGGUCGUGCGCGUUACUCCCGGCGACAUUGUUGACAUUUUAGCGGCCGGUGUAAACGCUCGCUCGAUCGAAAAUCUCCUCGAAAUCGAGAAAGAUAGGCAGAGGAGAGGAGAAAUACUUCGCCGAGAGCAGCGCGAACCGAGUAACACACCGGUGCUCCGAAAGACAGAGGCGUCCUCGAUCGUCGCGAACUCGAUCUGUGCAUUGUGCGUUGUUUUUUUUUUUUUCUUUUUUUUAUACUUUUCUAUCCCGACGAUAUCGCAGUGCGACGAUCCUGGAGUAAGGAGGAGAGAGAGAGAGGAAGAAAGAAAGGAGCGACAGUGUAUAUACCUGCCUGUCGGAUAUCCUUCGAAAAGGGACACGAUUUGUGAGUGAAAAGGAGAGGGACCGAUAUAUAUUCGAUCGAGAGUGAGAGUGGAAGAAGGAGAGAAACGAGACCCUCUCGGAUUUUUUGGCCUGCCUUGCCUGUCUGCUUGCCUGCCUGUGCGACGAACCGGCGACCUAACCUAACGACAACGACGGUUGAGAAGUGCGCGCGAGAAUCGGAGAGAAAGAGAGAAUCUCGUCAGUGCCGAGGGUCAAAAGAGAGAGAGGGGGAGAGAGCGGGAGGCGAAAGGACGAAAGUGAAAAGGUAAAAUCGGAGCGUUCUCCGUUCUUCGCUCCGGCGUAGGUUUAAACGACGUUCGCGCGCGUCGUGAGGUUUUUUUUUCUUGUGACAUGUGUCGCGGAGUGUACCGCGAUUGAAGGGAGACGCAAACGGGAAACUCAAACAUUUAUUCGGCAGCGCACGGAUUAUCCUCGUGUUUACGGGAUGCCGGUUGACUGAAGAUGGCCUCGCCGACACCCUCAUUGGAAUCGCGCGCAAAUUCCCUCGGGUCCCCGGUCUCGCUGUCCCCAGUAACGGUGAGCGGCAGCUCGCCGCCUGCUAGCGAUUCGGCGAUCUGCGACGUCGACAGCUGCGACUUGUGCCUCGACGCACCAAAGUCGGGCGAAGAUCCGUGCCCGCGCUGCCGAUUGGGUAGCACCGGUGGCACCAGUCGCAUCCGCUGCACCGGCUGCAAAUCCACUGAAGCUGGCGCUGUAGCGCGUUGUUACGAUUGUGAUCAGUUUCUCUGUCCAAAUUGCGUGAUGGCACAUCAAUACAUGCUCUGUUUUGAAGGCCACCGAUUGUUGAACCUGGCCGAUUCCAAGCUGGAGACCGUCGGUAGCGGCGGCGGCGGCGGCAGUGGUGGCGGCGGUGGCGGCGGAAAUGGCGGUGGUGGAGGCGGUGGUAACACGAUCACCGCGACUACGGAAUUGCCUAAAAGCGCCUGCAACGGCAGUAACGGUGGUGGUGGCGGAGGUGGUGGUGGUGGCAAUACUCUGGUUAUCAACGGCACCGGAAACAGCAACAACGGUGGCAACGCCGAGAAGGUACACUUCUGUUUGCGACAUAAGCAGGAGAUAAUCAAGUACUUCUGCCGAAGCUGCAAUGUGCCAAUUUGCAAAGAGUGCACGCUGACGGAGCAUACUGCGCCGCUACAUGACUGUGCCCACGUCACGGAAGUAGGCUCGCAACAACUGGAAGCAUUGUCGCGGAUCGUCCAGGAGUGCCGCUCGAAGGCGGCGGACGCGCGUGCGGCGGUCAAAGCAACGGACCAUAAUACCGCGAUACUACAGGUGCAGUAUCACAAAGCGCAAAAUGAGAUCAACGAUACUUUUCAGUUCUACCGAUCGAUGCUGGACGAGCGCAAGCAGGAGCUGCUGAAGGAACUCGACUCGGUGUUCUCGACGAAGCAAAUCUCCUUGAACGUACUCUCCCAACGAGCCAAUGAGAUGGCGGACAAAAUGAUGCAGACUUGCGACUUCGUCGAGCGUGUAACCAAAGUUACCACCAUCACAGAUUUCCUCAUGGUCAAGAAGAUCCUCGAGGCUAAGCUCCAAUCACUGCUCAGUUACACUCCAAAUACAGACAUUGCCAAUCAGACGGCGGACCUCGAAUUUGUCAGCAAUUAUCAAGCGAUACAAGUGGGAGUGAGGAAUACCUUCGGUUACGUUCGGAGUAAUAGUAACAGUGAAAAUAACGCGAUCGGCAAGCAACCACCUAUCGCACGACCUACCGCUCUGUCGAGCAACGGCAUUGGUAGCGGUAGCAGCAGCAACAUUAGCAAUGGACCCGGGAGCGGGGUUGGCUCUCUGGGCAGUCUUCUCUUAGAUCGGACUUACAGUAACGGCCUGAUCUCCUCCAGUAUGAAUUGCGGCUCGUCAUCCUCACCUUCUUCGAUCGACACUGUCAGCAGCGUGAUCUCAAAACGUUUCAGUUCGGCCAACAGUCUCGGCCCGUUCUCCACGACGAUCAGCGACGUGAACUUAAACGGCAUGAAUGCUAAUCCGUACGAGAAAUGGAGCAACGGCGGUAGUGACACUUAUCCGGUCGUGACGACGAACGAUCAUUUCGCGAUGCCGUCGGUAGCUGUAGCGACGAACGCCGCACCGGGCGAUUCCGUCCUCGACUUGACUUCGAAACUGAUGUCCGCCACCGCGAUAUUCCCGCCCAAGUCGCAGAUUAAACGACAGAAGAUGAUCUACCAUUGUAAGUUCGGUGAGUUUGGCGUGAUGGAGGGUCAAUUCACCGAGCCGUCGGGUGUCGCGGUAAACGCGCAGAACGAUAUCAUCGUUGCCGACACGAACAAUCAUCGUAUUCAGAUCUUCGACAAGGAAGGCAGGUUCAAGUUUCAAUUUGGCGAGUGUGGCAAACGCGACGGCCAAUUACUUUAUCCAAAUCGCGUUGCCGUUGUGAAGACGUCCGGUGACAUUAUCGUUACGGAACGUUCACCGACUCAUCAGAUCCAAAUUUACAAUCAAUACGGUCAAUUUGUACGCAAGUUCGGCGCAAACAUCCUUCAGCAUCCACGCGGCGUUACCGUCGACUCGAAAGGACGAAUCGUCGUCGUAGAAUGCAAAGUGAUGCGUGUCAUCAUCUUUGAUCAGACCGGCAACGUUCUACAAAAAUUUGGCUGCUCGAAACAUCUCGAAUUCCCGAACGGCGUGGUGGUGAACGAUAAACAGGAGAUCUUCAUCAGCGACAAUCGCGCUCAUUGUGUCAAAGUUUUUAACUACGAGGGCUCUUACUUGCGACAGAUCGGCGGUGAGGGUAUCACCAAUUAUCCGAUCGGCGUAGGCAUCAAUACGCACGGCGAAAUACUGAUAGCGGACAAUCAUAAUAAUUUCAACCUGACUAUCUUUACGCAGGACGGUCAGUUGGUCUCGGCUCUUGAGAGCAAGGUGAAGCACGCACAGUGUUUCGACGUGGCGCUAAUGGACGACGGCUCGGUCGUACUGGCCAGUAAGGAUUACCGGCUGUACAUAUACCGCUAUGUACAGGUACCGCCGAUUGGCAUGUAGAGCAGUGACGCGUCACGACGACGACGAUGAUCGUCGUGCGCCAGUGUCAACGUUUUUCAUCGUGUCAUUGUCAUCGCCAUCAUCAUCGCCGCUCUUCGUCGUUGGACGGUCGCGUGGCUACCACGAUCUCAUCGAUCUUUCCUCUCACCUACGUUCGCCUGUCUUCUACGGCUGCUUCAUCGUCAACGCCCGCGCGCUCCGCUCACCAUCUUCGCCAUCAUCUAUCCAUCGCCUUCUUCGUUCGCCCCAACGAGACGUUUCACGCCGACCAUGAGAAAAAAGCGCACCGUUUAUUGCUUCAUACAUGACUCUCUCAAGGAACCGACUCUCGAGCGAGUGUCGUUUACGCGGCAAGAAAAUGAGAGUCCCCUCGUCGGAAUUUUCCCGAGGCGCUCCUCUUCUGGACUCUGCCGAACGACGGACAUCACCGACGGUAUGCGAGAAAGCACGCGCGCGCUUCCCUCGAUAUCCUCCCCGCGUUUCCGCGCGAGCUGUCCCUCUUUAGCUGUCCCGCGUGGACGAGCGGAAAGAAAGAGGAAAAACGCGCCGCGACGCUUUGUAUGUAUAGCCCUUGCGAUGCCGGGCUGUUUAGAACCCGCGAAAGAAAGAAAGAAAGAAAGAAAAAGAGUGAGAGAGGGAGAGAGAGAGAGAGAGAGAGAGAGAAAGAGAGAGAGAGAGAGAGAGAGAGAGGACGUCAACCCUACCCCGAAAAAUUCGCGCGCGCUCCUUUCUUCGCGCGUACGCGCUAUGAAUACGCGUGCGCGUACGCGAUAACUUACUUGUUAAUGUUGUUAUAAUACUGAAAAUACUGUUGUUGUUGUUUAGUUGUAGAGCUCGCCGCCGCUAGUCACUUCCCCCCUCGCCUUCCACCCUCCGAUCCUCUUCCCUUCACGCCCGUUACCAUUUCUCCCACCUUCCCAUUCCCAUUUCCCACACUAACCACAGUCUUCUCUCUGAGACCUCGUCCGACGAUCACAUCAGGAAGUGCGUUUCCACUCGUCGCGACGACAUGGUCCACACUAACACAUGCAUCGAAUUGUUACGUGUGCCCGAAUCCACGCGCGUAUCAUCAUUUUUGUUACUCUCUUCGACGGUGAUCGAUCGCGACCGUCGCGCUCGGGUCAGCUUCCGAUCAUCGCGCUUGAAAUGUCUCCCUCCAAAUGCCGUGCGAGGUUCGCGAGGAAUGUCCGUUCGUCGCGCGAACAUCCGUUUUGAUGUAUAUCUCGUGAGAGAUUCGUUUUGAGAUCUACGCGAGAUCCAACGAUUUUCUGCAAACCGCUUUCAACAGGUUUGAUUUUGUCCCACGGGACAUGAGACUGAUUGCCGCGAGUAAUUAUUGCAUACUCUCAUUACUCCGGUAAGCUUCGAAUUAGCUCAUACAUCAUCAGCACAUCUUAUCCGCGGUUUUAAACGAUUUUGUUUCCCAAAUUGUUCGUACGUUAUUUCUAUGGACAAUUGUUCGAUCUUACUGAGUAAGACAUCAGAUUGAUCCAUGUGUUAUCAAUAUAUAAUAUGUUUGCGGAGAUAGUUUGAGAAAUUGUUGGGGACAUUAAUAAUUUCAUCAUUAUAUUUCAAUACAAUAAUAUAUAUAUUAUAUAAUAUAUCGACAUAUUUGGGUAGCAGACUCGCCGAAGAUUGUUGAAUCGUGUAUGGGCGCAUUUGGGACUGUGAUCAUCCGAGAUCAACUUGACCCAAUUAAUUAUCCGUGAGAUGCGAGAAUAGAAGCGGAUUCUAAGUAACCGGACGACAGGACACCUUACAUGUUGCGGAUCGAUAGAUUGUAUUCCCGAUAAAUUUGCCUUUCGAUUUCCAUCUCAUACGUCUCUCCCAUUCGUUUUGUAACGGUUAUCGACAAUUCCUACGGAAAUUCAUUCUGAGGUGCAUUUCGUAACUAUGACAGCGUUUUGUUGAACGUCAUUGAACGGUCAUCGCACGCAUUUAUUUUUUUUUUGUCUUUUCAAUUUAUUAUUAUUGAUCAGUUUUACUCAAGUAAUUUUCGCACCUCCCCCCCCCCCCCCCCCCCCCAGUACAUUCGUCUCCAUCGUUCUGUCGCGAAAUCGCAUCGACCUACGUUAACUUUUUGGUCAAUAAUUACUUUUCUCACUCGGUUUACGUGAUAAAUUUAAUAACUUUUGUCGGCGAGUAUAUGCUGAGUGCUUAUUGACGGUAUCAUUAUUCAUUACGUUUAAAUAUAUAUCGCGAUACGGAGUAUUCGCGGAAAAUCGCACCAAGUAACGUUAAACGCUUAAAUAUGAGAUCCUGAAUUCACUUAUAGAUAACGCAAAUAACUCUAAUAGAAAUAAUGAUUGUUCAAUUCAAGGAGAUACGCAGGAAAUUUAUAGAGACCUGAAUGGUGUAGUAUUACAGGAAAUGAAUCUCAAGAAAAGAAAUAGGAUGCUUGGCAUUUGAUUCAGGCGUAAAAAAAAAAAGAAGCCGAUUGCGUAUAUCAUAGUUAAAUAAUCGAGGCUCAUUCUCGACUUUCAUAGCAAAAUAACGCAAUCGUUUUAACGUAACCACACUAUCUUCAUUAACGAUACGAAAGCAGAAGACGAAUUGUCAUUGUUGUUUCUAACUUCCCAUUUUACGGCAAAAUCCUCUUCCUUUUUCUUUCUUAUUAGCGUAGUUAGUAUCGUAGCGCAUAUAGUAGCUAUUAGCCGGUUUAGCAAUCAGUAUAAGACUUUUCCUUUUUGCUCUGUAUCUCAUUCUCUCGAUAGUUAUGUUAUUACAGCCUGAUGCAACUUUUGUUUUUCUCUUUUUUUCAUUUGUGUCGCUGCGCUUAAAAAAAGAAUGCGUUGUUGCUACCGCUUAUGUUUUUGAAUUCUCACGAAACCACCAUCUACCCGAACUACCAACGAUGAGAACCACCACCACCACCACCAUCACCCUCCGAUUCCCACCCGACUGCCGCGCGCAGCCGUUUUAGGUUUGUGCCGGCGUCUGUUUCACUUGAAAAGAAAACUUAUAGUAUUAAUAUAUUUUGUUGGAUGGAUCGCCAAUCGCGGAAGUCCUCACAACUCCGCCGCGCGACUCCGUGCAUGUUUGCUAUUAUAUUUUUUAUUAAUAUUAUUGUAUUAUUAUUAUUCUAUUAUUAUUAACGUGUUGCGACUUUCGAUUGUCGAUACAAGACAUCAUCCAACGCCCCUGUAUUAUGAAGAGAAAAAGGCUAGCUGGCAUGAUCUAAUUAAAAUGAAGAUUCGUGGAUUAUGUCAGGAUCUUUGGAGAUCAUCAGAGAUUGCUUCAUUGAUUCAAAUAUCAACUUAAUCCUGGAAAUUUUGGAAAAUUCUUAGAUUGCUCUAAAGUUUUCAGAUUUUUG